CAUUAUCACUCUGGAAAGAAUUCAUACCACCGUACUAGUCUGUGUUCAACUGUCAGUUCUUUCAAGAUUAUUUGGCAGAAGCUUAUACAAAUAUAUAACCAAAAAUCCAGAAGAAACGCAAAAUAAGAAGCAAUGGCUGAAGAAAAUGCAUCGGCAUCACAGCCAGAUACACAGCUCUUUACCCUUUUAUCAGGUCUUCUCCAACAGGUGGAAGCAUUGACCAACCAAGAAGAAGUUGAAUUGCGUUCAAAAAUCGAAGCCCUUGGAUUGGAGGUUACAAAGGUUCCUUCAAAGUCUAAAAAGAAUCUUGAUGAGCUAGAAAUAGCGAAGGAGUUGGAUGAACUGUCAGCAAAGCUGGAUAAUGUGGAUGAAAUGAUAUCCUCAGCAAUAGCUGCUGAUCCACAGGUCAAGUCUCUUCUCAGUAGUACCGCUGAUGUAUGGAUGCCAGUUAUCACGGCUACUUCAGAUGAAAGGCGCAACUUUGCAGCAUCAAUUGAAGAUGUUAGUCUUGAAUCAAAGGACAAGAAUUCAGUUUAGUUCUUACAGUACACCUUAUACUAUAAUAUAUGUUGAAUGGUUUUGAUUCUUUUCUAAAUUUCUAUUAUUGAACAGAAGCAUAUUAUAUAAACAGUUUACAUAAAUAUUAAAUUAUUCAAUACAUGAAUUUUCUUAUAA